CAUUAGCCAAUCAGCGUUUCUCAACUAGUUCAAAGCACGUGAAUGCAUCCGACUAGUAUUUAUGACUGCACAACUGGUACAUUCCACCUCCCAAUUGGUUACAAAAGCAGCAUAAAAACAAACACCAUUGUUCUGUACCCCUGCCUUCCUCAGUAGGCUAAAGAACAGUUGUAACCUACAGUUCGUUUUCUCGGUUUGAGGUGUCAAUAGGAAAAUGUAAUCCUAAUGGAACCUUUUUAAUUUAAAAUAAUUUCUUAUUCCAUAUCCUAAUUAAUUGCCCAUGGUGAUGUUAGAAUGUAUGUGCAUGGAGACAAACUGACCUCUACACACAGCAAACUUUGUCCAACUUUAACUCAUCACCUGACUGUGAGUGAUUGUUGGUUAAUGAUUAAAAAAGCAUAAGAAUAUAUCGGCGCGCAUCGUCUCUUGACUAGUCUGUGUAGACCUACCAAGUAAGGUAAAUCCGAUAACGCUCAUCUGCAGCAUAUAUACAUGUGUUCGACAGAUGUACUCCUAAGGUUAAAACCCCUAAAUGUAACGAGGGCAUUGUAAACUAGGCCACAUUGUUACUUACUUCCUCCUCCGCCCCCUUCAACGCAUGAAAAAACGAAACAGAACAUCUCUGAAAUUCUAUCAUCACUGAGAGGAGAGCGUUGAGCAACUGAGAAGAAAGACGCUUCAACUGACAGUGAGAUUUGGAGAAAUGUCAUUUUAUAACCAAGAACCUUUUCAUAAUCCGAGACUCCCUUUCACCGGCACUAUCCAAGGUGGGCUGCAGGAGGGGAAGACGAUCACUAUUACUGGGAAACUUCACCAUGGGGCAGACAGGUUCCAUGUGAAUUUGCAGUGUGGUUCUAGGGCAGGGGCGGACAUUGCCCUUCACUUGAACCCACGAUAUGACAGUCACCCUGGAUAUGUGGUGGCCAACACCUUGCAACAGUCCAGAUGGGGGACAGAGGAGCGGAAGCAGCAUUCCCCCUUUCAGCAUGGCUCUGGCUUCAGCCUCGUGAUCACCGUCCAGAGGGACGGCUUCCAGUUGAAUGCGAAUGGGAACCAUUUCAUGACCUUUAAGCACCGUAUUCCGUUUGACGCAGUGGACACCAUCUCAGUCGAGGGAAAAGUGGAGGUGACCUCCAUCGCCUUCCAGAACCCUGCACCCACCUUUCCUGCACAGCCAGGAUUUCCGGCACAACCUGGACUCCCUUCUUAUCCGGGAUUUCCGGCGCAACCUGGAUUUCCGCCGCAACCUGGAUUUCCGCCGCAACCUGGAUUUCCGCCGCAACCGGGAUUUCCGCCGCAACCGGGAUUUCCGCCGCAACCAGGAUUCCCUUCUCACCCGGGAUUCCCUUCUCACCCGGGAUUCCCUUCUCACCCUGGAUUUCCUGCUCAACCGGGAUUUCCCAUGCAACCAGAAUGUCCAGCUGUUCCAUACAAGAACAUGAUCAAUGGUGGACUCCACCCUGGACGCACCAUCAACAUCCAGGGAGUGGUUAAACCCAAUGCCAAUAGGUUUAAUGUUAACCUACUCUGCAACUCUGAGAUUGUGCUGCACUACAACCCCCGAUUUGACGAAACCCUAGUGGUACGCAACAGCAAGCUGAGGGACCAAUGGGGAAAGGAGGAGCGCUCUGGUGGAAUGCCCUUCCACAGGGGCCAGGCCUUCACGCUGUCUAUUUCCUGUGAGGCUCAGUGCUACAAGAUAGUGGUCAACGGGAAUCAGACAAGCACCUACAAACACCGCCACACCCUCCUCCAGCAGGUCAACGUCCUGGAGGUGGAUGGAGACCUCAGUUUGACCUCCGUGAUGGUUUAGGGCUGUGGGUCACAACUGUGACUCAGCCACUUGUUUAAUUUUGUGUCACCUCUGACCCAAACCACCACAUUUGUUUGAUCUGUUCUUGCCGAAAUAAAAAUGACAUUCACUUUG